AGAGAGAGAGAGAGCAAUACUAAAGGAAGGAGCUGCCCAGCUAGAGGAAUGGAGAAGAGAUGGGGUGGUAGUUGUUGGGGUCAUCUCCAACACCAAGAAUACUUUCUAAGCAGACAAAAGCAAGUGUGCAGAUAAAAUCCAAAAGGUGAUUUUGCUUGUGGAGCUCCAAAAGCAUUGGUGUCACCUUCUGUCUCUCUCUCUCUCUCUCUCUCUCUCUCUCUCUCACACAUGCUUUGUUGAGGUCAACAACAUGGAAUUAGGAGCAGCAAAUGAAGCCGCCAAAGGAAGAUUCAGAAGGGUGUGCGUGUUCUGUGGUAGCAGAGCUGGACACAAGUCCACUUUCAGUGAGGCAGCUCUUCAGCUUGGUCAACUCCUGGUUGAAAAGAAGAUUGAUUUGGUGUAUGGUGGAGGGAGUGCUGGUUUAAUGGGUUUAAUAUCCCAGACUGUGCAUAAUGGAGGUCGCCAUGUUCUUGGGGUUAUCCCUAGAGCGCUUCUUCCUCAUGAGAUAUCAGGACAAACACAUGGAGAAGUGAAAACAGUAGCAGACAUGCACCAAAGGAAGUCAGAAAUGGCAAAGCACGCUGAUGCUUUUAUAGCACUACCUGGUGGUUAUGGAACCAUGGAGGAACUCCUGGAGAUGAUUACCUGGUCUCAGCUAGGAAUACAUGAAAAACCAGUGGGAUUACUGAAUGUGGAUGGGUAUUAUGACAGCUUGCUUGCAUUGUUUGAUAAAGGAGUUGAAGAAGGCUUCAUAGAGGACUCUGCAAGGAAAAUACUAGUUUCAGCCAAUACUGCAGAGGAACUCCUCAAGAAAAUGGAGGAAUAUGAGCCGGUCCAUGAUAGAGUUGCACCCAGACAAAGCUGGGAAGUGGACCAAUCAUUCGAGUCAACUCAAAGUGGGGAAACCCUAAGAUCUUAGAUCUUAUUAAUCAUCAGUUGUCGGUGUAUAUAUUUAGAUAUAUGUCCUGGUGUUAGUCCCAUUUUAUUCAAAAAGAAAAAGACAGCAAACAUGUAACUCUCCCUCAAGUGGGCAAUCACCUAGAUCCCAAAUCCUAAUCACUUCUUUGUAUAUUCAUGACUUUUCAGUUGAUGCUCCAUCUUCUACUAUCUCAUGAAAGUUGAAGAAUUUCUCAGAAACUCUCUCUC